AUGAAGCGCAAGGUCCUUGAUGGCCUGAAGGGCAACACUGGCCGCAAGAAGAAGUUCCAAAAGCAGCGCUUCUAUCACAGUAGCUCCGAGGACGAAGAAGAAGAUGGGAAUUUCAACGCCGUCAGUCUCGAAGACUCGGACGCCGAGGAGGGAGGUGUCACAGUGUCAAAGCCUUCGGCGCUUGAUCUCCGCAUGAAGAAGGCGAAGACCAAGGAAGCUCCCGCACCGCAACCGAAAAAAUCAGACAAGAGCGAUUCCGACUCCGACAUGGGCGAAGAGAUUGAGCUCGACGAGGCAGACCUUGAGAACGACGAUGACGAAAGUGAUGCCUCUGGAUCCGACGAUGAGGAUCUUUCCGAUUCAUCCCCAGCCGGCAAAGCCACAGGCGCCAAUCGCGGCCGAUCCGUCCCUAAGCGCAACGACCCUACCGCAUUCUCAACCUCCAUCUCCAAAAUUCUGUCCACAAAACUUCCCUCCUCCGCACGCGCUGACCCCGUUCUCUCACGAAGCUCUUAUGCCUCGAAGCUGUCUACCGAUGCCGCAGAUGAGAAGCUUGACAAGGCCGCGCGGGCCAAGAUGCGCGCCGAGAAGAAAGAGGAAUUGGAUCGCGGCCGUAUCCGUGAUGUGAUGGGUAUCCAGAGAGGAAUUGCUGGACCCGUUGCUGAGGAGGAGAAGCGCGUGCGCAAGAUGGCGCAGCGUGGUGUCGUCAAGCUGUUCAAUGCUGUGCGUGCAGCCCAAGUCCGAGGAGAGGAGGCCGCCAAGGAUGAGCGCAAGAAGGGUACAAUUGGUAUGGGGGAGCGGGAGAAGGCUGCCAACGAGGUCAGCAAGCAAGGAUUCCUUGAGUUGAUCAAUGGAAAGAAGGGAAAGCCUUUGAACAUCGAAGAGGCGUGA